AUGAAACACAUUUCAAUUUCAUAUUUUGUACUCUUACUUUCAAUUUCUGCCUUGGAAUUUGUAUACUCUAAUGGUGAUUUAAAAACUUUUACAAAUAGUUGCAAAUUGUUGAAUAAACGAAAUAUUGGAGUCAUUUCUCAAACCGCCUUUAAUAGACCUGAACCAAUUUGGAAGGCAACUUCAAAUAUUCAACCUGAUGUUGAAGGGGGGCCAACCGGUGUUAUUAAUUUCCAACCAAUUGGACCAUACAAUUUAAUUCGCGUUUUUAUAAAUGGUACCGGAUUUCCGGUUGGAAAACAUGCAGUUCAUAUACAUAUUUUUGGAGAUGUAAGUCAAGGCUGUAAAAGUACUGGGCCUCAUAUGUUAAGCAAUUUUAUUGGUAAUGUUGAAGCUAAAGAUGAUGGUGCAAUUUUAUCAACUUUUUCAACGCCAUUUAUUAGUAUUUUUGGUGUAAAUGGUAUAUUAGGCCGAUCUGUAGUUAUACAUGAAAAGCCUAUUGAAGUUAAUUCAAGAAUAUCACCAUAUUUUGCUUCACCAUCAUUUUCAGUACAAAGUGAGGAAAAAGAAGUAGGAAUAGCAUUAGCAUGUGGAAGUAUUAUAUUCGCUAAUAAUUUAAUUUAGUAAAUUGUUUAAGUGAUCGAUUGAAAAAUAAUGAAAGGAGAUCAACAAGUUUGUUUUAACCGCGUUUAAACUAAAUUAUUUUAGAUUUUAAAAUUUGGUAUAUUGCAAAUAC